AUGGGAGUGAGGAGGGAUGAGGAGGAAGAAGCGAGGACAGAGAUGGGAGUGAGGAGGGAUGAGAGUGAGGAAGAAGGUAGGACGAGGACUGGAGAGAGAAUGGAUCAGAGGGAAGAAGGAAGGAGAGAGAUGGGAGUGAGGAGGGAAGAGAGGGAGGAAGAUUGGAGGAGAGAGAUGGCAGUGAGGAGGGAAGAGAAGACGGAAGAAGGGAGGACAGAGAUGGGAGUGAGGAGGGAAGCGAGGGAGGAAGAAGGGAGGAGAGAGAUGGGAGUGAGGAGGGAAGAGAGGGAGGAAGAUUGGUGGAGAGAGAUGGGAGUGAGGAGGGAAGAGAAGAAGGAAGAAGGGAGGACAGAGAUGGGAGUGAGGAGGGAUGAGAGGGAGGGAGAUGGGAGGACAGAGAUUUACAGCAUCUCUUCACUGUCACCCAUGCCCUACUCAACCCCUAUCCCUUUCAGUUUCCAGGCCAGAUUGUGCCUUGUCUCUGUCCCUCCUUCAUCCUCCCUCUCAUCCCUCCACUCCCAUCUCUCUCCUCCCUUCUUCCUCUCUCUCAUCCCUCCACUCCCAUCUCUGUCCUCCCUUCUUCCUCUCUCUCAUCCCUCCACUCCCAUCUCUCUCAUCCCUUCUUCCUCUCUCUCAUCCCUCCACUCCCAUCUCUGUCCUCCCUUCUUCCUCUCUCUCAUCCCUCCACUCCCAUCUCUGUCCUCCCCUUUUCCUCUCUCUCAUCCCUCCAAUCCCAUCUCUGUCCUCCCUUCUUCCUCUCUCUCAUCCCUCCACUCCCAUCUCUGUCCUCCCUUCUUCCUCUCUCUCAUCCCUCCACUCCCAUCUCUCUCCUCCCUUCUUCCUCUCUCUCAUCCCUCCACUCCCAUCUCUGUCCUCCCUUCUUCCUCUCUCUCAUCCCUCCACUCCCAUCUCUCUCCUCCCUUCUUCCUCUCUCUCAUCCCUCCACUCCCAUCUCUCUCCUCCCUUCUUCCUCUCUCUCAUCCCUCCACUCCCAUCUCUCUCCUCCCUUCUUCCUCUCUCUCAUCCCUCCACUCCCAUCUCUGUCCUCCCUUCUUCCUCUCUCUCAUCCCUCCACUCCCAUCUCUGUCCUCCCUUCUUCCUCUCUCUCAUCCCUCCACUCCCAUCUCUGUCCUCCCUUCUUCCUCUCUCUCAUCCCUCCACUCCCAUCUCUGUCCUCCCUUCUUCCUCUCUCUCAUCCCUCCACUCCCAUCUCUGUCCUCUCUGUCCUCGCACCCAUCCAUGCCCUGCCUUUGUCCUCCCUCUCAACCCUUCUCACUCCCAUCUCUCUCCUCCCUUUCUCCUCCCUCUCGUCUCUUGUCAGAUUGA